UUUUAGCAAUGGAAAUUUUGGGCUCCAUUGUGGUCGUAAGUCGAGGACUCCUUGCAGUCCAAUUGCCGAAGGGCUGAACGAUAACAGCAUAACCCUAUGAAAGUUUAAAUUGUGUUCAGUGAGACUCCUUGUGAAAGUCUAUAGACCUGAUUUUUCAUUCAGUGAUAGUACAGAGAUGUAGCUGUACCACAAACCUAUGUAAGUUACAGACUGGCUUCUGUGAUUGAAUUAAUGCUCCAAUCAUCCCUUACAAAUUUGGUUCCUCAGGAAAAGGAGAAUGAUGCUGAAGGUUAUCUGAUUGCUCAAAUAGAAAAAUACAAUCUGUCUGUCUAGGAAGUAGAUUGAAUCUCAAUAGCUUUAGAGAGUUAAAUUAUUUGUCCUUCCUUCUAAGGUCCUGAUCUAAAUUGGAUGUCACAGAUCUGCUAUCUGGAGUGGGAAGAAAGCUCCCACUUGUCUCAAGUAUGUGUCAGAGUUUAAGAUUUUAAUUGUCCUCAGUUGUUAAGAGAAACAAGUAACCUGGGAAGUGAAGUGGACUUCUUUCUAUUGUUACAAAGGGCAAGUCCUGUUUCUAUUAUUCCCUGCAUUGAUCUCCCUGGGCCGUCUUAGUUCACUGCUGUGAGAAAAAAAAAUUCAGCAGCUGAGUAAGUAUAUUGAUAAAUGGGAGUACAACAGAUUGUGAAAUUGGCUGAGAAAAUCUUUAAAACAGAAAUGUAAACAAUUCAGUAAUUUAUCACUUUGAGUAAUUGUGUGUUUUAUCUGUACGAGCAGAGCAUUUCUAUCCAUUUGUUAAUGUGCUUUACCCGUACAAGUCUGCCCAGUUACUCCAGGGCUGAAAAUGGAAGGAAGACAUUUAUUAUCUAAAUUGUUCUCUCCUGCUCACCCAGGAGAGCUGGGAUGACAUUUAGGAUCCUUUAUACCUUAUCCUCCCCUCUACGACUAACACUUUUGAUAGAACUUCCAUACUCACAGUUUCAUAGUCUUGAAAAUGAAAACUGAGACUGAAGCUCACAUCUGAUUUACCAGGUAAUUGACAACACUCUCAAAGACCAGAGGAUUCCACCUGAAACUACUUUUUCCCACAUUAAUACCUCUAUCACUGUUCGUUUGUUUGUUUGUUUUUUACAUAUAAUGACUAAAACUGAUUGCCUGGAUUUACCUGUUCGGCAGGGCCGUGGCGGCAAGGGAAGUAUCUAUGUCUGGGCCUCUGGAGAUGGAGGAAGUUAUGAUGACUGUAAUUGUGAUGGCUAUGCAUCAAGCAUGUGGACUAUCUCCAUCAAUUCAGCUAUUAAUGAUGGGCGGACAGCUUUAUAUGAUGAAAGUUGUUCCUCAACUUUAGCUUCUACUUUUAGCAAUGGGAGAAAGAGAAAUCCUGAAGCUGGUGUGGCUACAACAGAUCUAUAUGGCAACUGUACAUUACGCCACUCAGGAACAUCUGCAGCUGCCCCAGAGGCUGCGGGAGUGUUUGCUCUGGCCCUGGAAGCAAAUGUGGAUCUGACUUGGAGGGACUUGCAACAUUUGACUGUGCUCACAUCCAAAAGGAACCAGCUUCAUGAUGAAGUUCACAAGUGGAGAAGAAAUGGAGUUGGCCUUGAAUUCAACCACUUGUUUGGCUAUGGGGUCCUAGAUGCUGGGGCAAUGGUUACAAUGGCUAAAGACUGGAAGACAGUUCCAGAGAGAUUUCAUUGUGUAGGUGGAUCAGUCCAAGAGCCUCAGAAAAUACCAUCUGGUGGCAAGUUGGUUCUGACACUUUCGACAAAUGCCUGUGAGGGCAAAGAGAACUUUGUCCGUUACCUUGAACAUGUUCAAGCAGUUAUCACAGUGAACUCUACGAGAAGAGGGGAUUUAAAUAUCAACAUGACCUCACCAAUGGGGACAAAAUCCAUCUUGCUGAGUCGGCGGCCAAGGGAUGAUGACUCCAAAGUGGGCUUUGACAAGUGGCCUUUCAUGACUACACAUUCUUGGGGAGAAGACCCCAGAGGUACUUGGGUUCUCGAAGUUGGGUUUGUUGGGAUCUUUCCCCAAAAGGGAGUCCUGAAAGAAUGGACAUUAAUGCUACAUGGAACUCAAAGUGCACCCUACAUAGACCAAAUAGUGAAAGAUUACCAGUCUAAACUGGCCAUGUCCAAGAAGGAAGAGUUGGAAGAAGAAUUAGAUGAAGCAGUAGAGAGAAGUCUCAAAAGUAUAUUAAACAAGAAUUAGCACUGCUUUGCAUGCCAAAUGGCUAGAUUUCCCCUUUGUCCUUUCCUGUAUGUUCCCAUUAGGCAUAUAUCAUUCAUUGUCUCUUAAUCACUAUCCCAACCUUUUCAUUCUACAAUGGUGCAUUGUCUAAUUUAACUGCAGUGGAAAUUUCUGAAUUCUGAGCCACAAAUAUAUGAUUACAUACCAAUCACUUUGUAAGAGUGUAUGGCUGUAACUAUUUUCAUUUGAAGACAAAUUAUUUUGGGGGGGGGGGUAUUUUAUUUUGUUUUGCUAUAUCUGACCUCAUGCAACAACCAACUAGAAAAGUUGCAGUCACAUUUCUUUUUAUAUUUUUAUGGCAGAUACAUAACGUACAAUUCUAUUUUAAAUUUAUGAAGAGGGCUUGCUGAUGUAGACUUGCUGAAAUACUGCCAGUUAUUUAAAAAAAGGGGGGGGAAUGAAUGUUAAAAUUUGGGGCUCUAAAUUAUAUUUUAUUUAUGUGUCCAUGAAUUGCUUUGAAAUUAAACAAAAGUAGCUGCAAAA